AUAGUCAUUGUAUUUGUUUCAUAACUGAUAUGCAAUUGAAACAAAUGUCUUACACACGCGUUGGUGAGAACACCAUUCGACGAUUCGUUAUUUAUAACACGCCUGGUUAAUAAGUUAAUAAUGCUGGAUGUUUCUGUGAGCCAAAGUUUGAUGAGUGGAAUCAUGUGACUGAUAUGACACUGUCAGGAUGUGGCAAAUGAGCUUGGUACGCUGGGUGUUGAGAUGUAGACAACUUGAUGCUGUCUGCUUCAGUCUCCAAGGAAACAAAGCCAUACUGCGACAGAUCAGUUCAGAGGGCCAAUUUGAUGAUGUUCUGAGUGAUACUGAACAAAACAAGUAUUUACGUGAGAUUUGCAGCAUCCCCGACUGUGGACAUCAAGUGUUUGUUAUUCAGCCACAAGUGAAAACUGGUCCUAACAGAGUAUCGCACUUGAAGGCCGAGUUGAAACUUGAUGAAAACUGUGCUCUAGUCGAAACUCUGCCCAGAUGGAACGUUGUCAACAAGGCUGUAGUCCCCUUGAAGACACCGGUGGCCAGUCAGAUAUUUCCCCCCGGUGCCUUUACGCGACUCACGCAGCUGAUAACGUCGCGUCCCGACAUCAGCGCCGUCCUGCUCGGUGUAGACAGACUGAAGUCAGACGAGUUCCUCAAACUACAGCAAGCAUGGGCGGUUCCCGUGUUUGACAGGUAUACCAUUGUGCUUCAAAUAUUCAAAGAUCAUGCUAAAAGCAAGGAAGCUAAGUUGCAAGUUGCCCUGGCAGAAAUACCAUAUAUACGAUCACGACUGAGUCAGAUAGAGAUGGGCAGUUAUGACCAGCAGACGGGUGGGGUUCAGUUUGCCGGGGGGACAGGUGACACGUUCAUCACAGUGAGACGACAACUUAUACAGGAACGAGAAUCCAAACUCAAAAGAAUAUUAAGGGACUUAAAAAAUCAGAGAGGUUUGCUGCGGAGAAAUCGACAGAGAAAACAGAUUCCUUCAGUAGCAGUAGUCGGGUACACCAACGCUGGGAAGACAACUGUGAUAAAAGCUCUGACUGGAGAUUCGGGUCUGACUCCGAGGAACCAGUUGUUUGCCACACUUGACGUGACGGCUCACGCGGGUUUCUUACCCAACCGCAUGAUGGCUGUCUUCAUCGACACGGUCGGAUUCAUUUCCGAUAUUCCACUUGACCUCAUCAACGCUUUCUCCGCCACUCUGGAGGAUGCCGUGCUGGCUGAUGUCAUAGUGCAUGUCCGGGACAUCAGCCACCCCGACAGCGCAGCGCAGUGUGACGAUGUGAUCCGCACGCUGAAGACGAUGCUGUCACCCACACAGAUGGCCAACAUCAUAGAAGUGUGUAACAAGGCCGACCUACUCACUUGCAAUCAUGCAAAUAAUUUCCACAAUGAUUCGUUCCUGGUGUCGGCUACGUCUGGUCAGGGUUUGUCUGACCUGCGCAAUGAGAUCCAAGAUGUCCUCAUUCAAUCCACGGGUCAGCUGGAGAAAACAUUCCGCAUCCCGAUGGAUGGCGAACAUCUCAGCUGGUUGUACAAAGAGGCGACAGUGAAAUCUGCAGAACCAGACUCGGACAGUGAACAUCUCCUCGUUAGUGUGGUGAUCAGCACGGCCGCUUACGCCAGGUUCAAAUCACAGUUUUCAACCAACAGAGAAAAAUAGCAGUGAUGUAUACGCCAGGUUCAAAUCACAGUUUUCAACCAGCAGAGAAAGAUAGCAGUGAUGUAUACGCCAGGUUCAAAUCACAGUUUUCAACCAACAGAGAAAGAUAGCAGUGAUGUAUACACUAGGUUCAAAUCACAGUUUUCAACCAAGUGCACUGUAAUAAACUCAUGUCAUAUUUCUGACUUAAAGGCAUCAUGAAGUGUUAAAUACAUGACAUUGUAUAUGUAAUAAACUCAUGUCAUAUUUCUGACUUAAAGGCAUCAUGAAGUGUUAAAUACAUGACAUUGUAUUUGUAAUAAACUCAUGUCAUA